GUUUAAACCAUAAACAUAAAAGUCAACCUGAAGUGAUUCAUAUGAAACACUUGAAGUGUUGAAGUUUCAUUUCAUCGCAAUUGAUGAUUUGAAAAUGGAGCAGGAGAUCGGGCCAGCUAUGUCGGUGUCAGGGACACACAUAACCGAUUCCGUUCUGCAAGACUUGAGCGUGAACAACGCUGAAGAAGUCUCCGUGACAGCAGAACGUUCAGAAAUCGCAUAUGUAGACGAAGCAUCUGUGAUAGCAGAACAAGCGAAUGUACCAGCUAGAGAUGUCGUCAUUACUGCGGAACAAUGCCACAUCGCGAGCAACGAGACAAGUGUGAAAGCUCAAGAAGUUUCCGUUUCCACUGAGCAAGCAAACACUAGAGCAGGGGAGACAAUUAUCACUGCAACUGUACUUCAACAAACCAACAUUGAUGAAACCAGCAUUACCGGGGCUGCUGUUCAAGAUAUGAGCAUAGAAAGGGCGAAAGAUGUUUCGGUGAUCUCUGAACAUACAGAAAUAGCGUCGCAAAAGGCAACUGUCCAAACAGUGGAGGCAAAUGUUUCGGCAGCAGAAGCUCAUAUCUCUGCAGGGACUUUGCAACAAACCAACAUAACUGAAACCAGCAUCGCCGGUGCUGCUGUUCAAGAUAUGAGCAUAGAAAGUGCGAAAGAUGUUUCGGUGAUCUCUGAACAUACAGAAAUAGCGUCGCAAAAGGCAACUGUCCAAACAGUGGAGGCAACUCUCUCUGCAGCAGAAGCUCAUAUUUCUGCAGAGACUUUGCAACAAACCAACAUAACUGAAACCAGCAUUACCGGGGCUGCUGUUCAAGAUAUGAGCAUAGAAAGUGCGAAAGAUGUUUCGGUGAUCUCUGAACAUACAGAAAUAGCGUCGCAAAAGGCAACUGUCCAAACAGUAGAGGCAAAUGUUUCGGCAGCAGAAGCUCAUAUCUCUGCAGGGACUUUGCAACAAACCAACAUAACUGAAACCAGCAUCGCCGGUGCUGCUGUUCAAGAUAUGAGCAUAGAAAGUGCGAAAGAUGUUUCGGUGAUCUCUGAACAUACAGAAAUAGCGUCGCAAAAGGCAACUGUCCAAACAGUGGAGGCAACUCUCUCUGCAGCAGAAGCUCAUAUUUCUGCAGAGACUUUGCAACAAACCAACAUAACUGAAACCAGCAUUACCGGGGCUGCUGUUCAAGAUAUGAGCAUAGAAAACGCGAAAGAUGUUUCGGUGAUUUCGGAACAUACAGAAAUAGCGUCGCAAAAGGCAACUGUCCAAACAGUAGAGGCAACUGUUUCUGCAGCAGAAGCUCAUAUUUCUGCAGCAGAAGCUCAUAUUUCUGCAAAGACUUUGCAACAAACCAACAUAACUGAAACCAGCAUUACCGGGGCUGCUGUUCAAGAUAUGAGCAUAGAAAGUGCGAAAGAUGUUUCGGUGAUCUCUGAACAUACAGAAAUAACGUCGCAAAAGGCAACUGUUCAAACAGUAGAGGCAAAUCUGUCUGCAAACGAAGCUCACAUCUCUGCAGAGACUUUGCAACAGACCAACAUAACUGAAACCAAAAUAACUGAUGCUACUGUUGGGGAAAUAAAAGCAACGAAUAUUCAGAUUAAAACAGUGUAUUUGAUGCCUGCCACUUACGUGGGAACGGGAGCAAACAAGCACCCGAUGACGUAUGAAAAUAUACCGGCACUUGUGGGCGUCUCACCAACGGCUAAGGAAAAAUAUGUGGCAGCAUUUAAAAGAGAUGUCAAUCGUGAUGCAUACCGCAAAGCAAAGGGUUCUGUUACCGACUUGUACAGAGACCAAAGGCUGGUCGAACCAGAGUUUGAAGCAAAUCCUCGCGUUCGAGAACUAUCUCAUUUCUUCAGUGGUGAGAUGGCACCGAAGAAAAAAAAAUACCAAAAGGAAGUUGGAUUCAGUGUUUCAAAAGAGUUUGGCAGUGAAGGAAACUUGGUGGAUUUGAAACAGAUAUUGCAAAGCUUCAACUCAAAAAAGAAUCGUCACAUAGCAAUCGUUGGGCAAGCAGGAAGUGGUAAAACGACCUUUGUAGAACGGAUGGUUCGUGAUGUUGCAGAAACAAUAAUCUAUGUGAUGAUCGUUUUUCUCCCGACCAAACAGAAAGGCGCUACGAAAUCAUUUACUUUGUCUACAUUCGAGAUCUUCUUGAUUCGGAGUCAAUUAAUGCAAAAGAUUUACUUUUUGGAAACGUCAUCACUGAUUCAAGUGAGGAAAGCAUAAAAUAUGGAUAUGAAUGGAUCAUUGAAAACCAGGAAAAGGUCGUAUUUUUCUUUGAUGGAUUAGAUCAGGCGACUUGGUCUCUUGGCGGACAUCAUCGCAAGAUAAAUCACAAGGAUAAGGCCAGUACAGCA